UAAAAGAAAAUGCAUUUCUGGUUAAUUUGCAUCAUCUUGCUGUGGCCCAAUGAGGUGCGUGGCUAUGGAUCUAUGAAUUCUUAUGGAGAGCAGUCCAUUCGCAUUGGUCUUAUCAGCGACGAUCCCACGGAGCGCAUACAACAAACCUUUGAGCAUGCCAUCUCUGUGGUCAACAGCGAUUUGAGUAUUCCACUCCAGGGCGAUUCGGCCAAUGUGGAUUAUGGAAAUUCAGUACACGCAUUUGGGGAACUCUGCAGACUGAUGCAGAAUGGCGUCGGCGCCGUGUUUGGACCUUCGGCCAGGCACACAGCAGCGCAUCUUUUCAGUGCCUGUGAUGCCAAGGAUUUACCCUUUAUCUAUGCUCAUCUCUCAUCCAGCCAGCAGACAGACGGCUUCAAUCUGCAUCCACAUGCCGAGGACAUUGCUCAUGUGCUCUACGAUAUCAUACAACAAUUUGAAUGGUCGCGUUUUAUUUUUUGCUAUGAAUCCUCUGAAUAUCUUACAAUAUUAGAUCACUUAGUAGCACUUUAUGGCAUUAAGAGUCCUCUUAUUAAGGUCAUGCGAUACGAUCUCAAUCUCAAUGGCAAUUACAAGGCUGUACUCAGGCGCAUUCGCAAAUCGGAGGACAGUCGCAUUGUUGUCGUUGGCUCCACCGAAGGCGUUGCUGAGCUGCUGCGUCAGGCUCAGCAGGUGGGCAUCAUGAAUGAGGAUUACACCUAUCUGGUGGGCAACUUGGAUCUGCACACUUUCCAGCUGGAGGAAUACAAAUACAGCGAGGCCAACAUCACGGGCAUUCGCAUGUUUGAUCCGGAUAAGAAAGAAGUGCGUGAAUUGAUUGAAACACUGAAUCGUGCCGUGGGCGAAAGUGAGCCACUUGAUUUGGGUUCCUCGCCCAUUACUUUGGCCAUGGCUCUUACCUAUGACGCGGUGCGUGUGAUUGCUGAGACCACCAACAAUAUGCCGUACCAACCACAGCAAUUGAACUGCUCGGAGCGACAUGAUGUAGUGCAGCAAGAUGGAUCCACUUUUCGCAACUAUAUGCGAACGUUGGAAAUCUUGGACAAAACCAUCACUGGACGCAUCUUCUUCCAGGGCAAUGUGCGCAAGGGUUUUAGCUUCGAUGUGAUUGAACUGCAACCCACGGGAUUAAUCAAAGUGGGCACCUGGGAAGAAGGCCAAGACUUUGAAUUUAAUCGUCCACCACAAGUACAGGAACUACUUGACAAUGAAGAAAACUCGUUAGUUAACAAAACUUUCAAAGUGCUCAUCUCAGUUCCAAACAAACCUUACGCUAGCUUGGUGGAAAGCAUCAACAGUUUGAUUGGCAACAGUCAGUAUGAGGGAUAUGGCAUUGAUCUGAUCAAGGAACUAGCAGAUAAACUGGGCUUCAACUUUACGUUUCACAAUGGCGGCAACGAUUACGGUUUCUUCAACAAGACCACGAAUCAAACAACGGGCAUGUUAAAGGAGAUUGUUGAGGGUCGCGCCGACUUAGCAAUAACAGACUUGACCAUCACAUCAGAGCGAGAGGAGGCCAUUGACUUUUCCAUUCCCUUUAUGAAUUUAGGUAUUGCAAUUUUAUAUGUGAAGCCUCAGAAAGCAGAGCCAGCGCUCUUUUCCUUCAUGGACCCCUUCUCAAAAGAAGUGUGGUUAUAUCUGGGCAUUGCUUAUCUGGGUGUCUCACUCUGUCUCUUUGUGCUGGGUCGUCUUUCGCCCUCUGAAUGGGAUAAUCCCUAUCCAUGUAUAGAGGAACCGGAAGAGCUGGAGAAUCAAUUUACCAUAAAUAACUCAAUGUGGUUUACCACAGGCGCCUUGCUGCAACAAGGCUCUGAAAUUGCACCCAAAGCUUUAAGUACGCGCACUAUAUCAUCUAUCUGGUGGUUCUUCACGCUGAUCAUGGUCUCCUCAUAUACGGCUAACUUGGCUGCCUUCUUAACCAUCGAGAAUCCAUCGAGUUCCAUAGACAGCGUCGAAGAUUUAGCCGAGAACAAAGAUGACGUUCAAUAUGGAGCCAAGCGCACAGGAUCGACUAGGAAUUUCUUCUUGACAUCUGAGGAACCCAUUUACAUGAAGAUGAAUGCGUACAUGACGCAAAAUAAAGAUAUGUUGACUGAAACGAAUCUGGAAGGCGUCGAUAAGGUAAAAGCUGGCACCAAAUACGCCUUUCUUAUGGAGUCCACAUCCAUUGAAUUUAAUACGGUGAGAGAAUGUAACCUCAAGAAAAUUGGCGAUGCUCUCGAUGAGAAGGGUUACGGCAUUGCCAUGCCCAAAAAUUGGCCAUAUCGCGAUAAGUUCAACAGAGCGUUGCUGGAGCUGCAAGAGCAAGGUGUCUUGGCUAGACUCAAGAACAAAUGGUGGAAUGAAAUAGGAGCCGGAGUUUGUGACGCUAAAAGCGAAGAUGACGGCCCUUCAGAACUGGAAAUGCAGAACUUGAGUGGCAUUUAUUUGGUGCUGAUCGUCGGCUCGAUUUUAUCGUUUGUGCUUUCGUUUUUCUAUUGGUGUUUGUUUGUCUUCAAAAGAGCCAAAUUCUAUGACGUGCCAUUCUGCGAUGCCUUGGCCGAAGAAUUUAAGAUUGUCAUCAGUUUUGCUGAAAAUGAACGAGCCUUGAAGAGCGCUCAAUCGGUUUAUUCACGCAGUCGCAACUCUUCGCAAUCCAUCGAAUCGCUCAAAACCGAUUCUGAGGAUCAGGUGCCAGAGGAAGAGUAACUUCAAAUAUGUUCUACAAUAAUAAAUAUAUAAUUUUUGCAUUUUCUACUCAUUGUAAUCUCUCUUAAAUUUUAUUUAAUAAACUUUG